AGAUAACAGAGUUACCUCCUUCCUUCGUUUCCUUUCUCUUUCGCUUUCUUCUCUGUAUUUGACUGUUGCUCAAGAAAGCAACAUGUUUCUGGUGAAACGCUUGCCGAGUAUAGACGGUUCCGGAUUGAGUUUUCCAGUGGGAAUGCGUGUUCUUGCUGUUGACAACAACCAAACAAGUCUCAACCUACUGGAGGAAAUGCUUCACGAAUGCCAUUACAAAGUUACUACUACCACUCAGUCAACUCUGGCUCUAGAAAUCUUGAGGAAUCACAGAAAUAACUUUGACCUUGUUAUUUGUGAAGUAAAUAUGCCAGACAUUGAUGGAUUUCAGCUCCUUCAGCAAGUGGUUGAGAUGAAUUUCCCUGUUGUCAUGUUGUCAGAAAACAGUGAUGAAGAGCUUGUGCGGAAGAGUAUUGUCCAUGGCGCAUGUGCCUAUCUAUUGAAACCUGUUCGCAUUGAAGAGUUGAGGAACAUAUGGCAACAUGUAGUCCGGAGGAACAUUAAUUGCAGUGAUCAGAAUAAGACUAUCAAUAAGGAAAACAUCUCUAAUAUGGCUGGGAAAGGAGCUCAAGUCACCAUGGUACCAGAAAAUUGGAAGAAAGUUGAUUGCAAUGAUCGGAAUAAGGCUCUAAAUGAUGAGGGGAAAAUCUGUAAUGUGGCUGGAGAAGUUACUAAAGGCAUGGUACCAGAAAAUAAUGAUGUUCAAAAUAAAAUUUUGGGUAAGAAAAGGAAAGAGCAAAGUGAUAAGAAUGAGGAACUUUCAUCCGGAACCAAGCCUCGUCUAGUUUGGACUGCCGAGUUGCAAACACGUUUUCUUGCUGCAAUUAGUCAAUUGGGCCUUGACAAGGCUAAACCUAAGAGAAUACUUGAGUUGAUGAAUGUUGAAGGGCUUUUGAUUACACAUGUAACCAGUCAUUUGCAGAAGUACAAGCUCAAUCUAGAAAAGGCAACAAAGCAAGCUAGAGCAAGUAUGGCUCCUGCAUCUGACUUGAGUGGUUCUUCUUCACUGGUUCAGCCUAUUAAGUCUCUACAAAAACAUGACAGUCCACCUUUCAAAUGCGAUGUGAAUCAAACCACAGGUGAAUCUCAAUCAUCCGAAUUUCCAGCCAUUUCUUCCACAAGUACUGUUGCUGGUCCCUUGCAGGAUGCUGAGAUGUAACACCAAGAGGACCUACUUUGGGAAUCUAUAGAUUUUAACUUGGGAGAAGAUAUGGAUCAUUGGAGAAUGAUUUUUUUUCUAUCAAUAUUAGAUUGAAAUGCUAACGUAGAAACUGUCCCAGAGAAUGAUUCUUUUGUUUCAUUU